AUGUACUGCAGGUGUUCUCGUGGCAGUCUGGAGUCUCAGGGCGCUCUGGGCGUCAUGUAUCUGUACGGUCAAGGAGUGCGGAAGGACCCAGACGCUGCCCUGUUCUGCCUGAAGGAGGCGGCAGAGAGAGGAAACGUCUACGCUCAGGGUCACCUGACGGCCUGUUACUACCACAGGAAGCUCUACUCCAGAGCAGCUGCCCUGGGAGAAAGAGUGUGCAGAUACGAGGACAUCAGUGCCAUAGAGCGGCACACAGACUGUCUGGAGGAGUUCAUCAGGAAGGGCAUCGCUAUAGCCAUGUUUUACUCCGCACGCUGCCUUCAGCUGGGCCGAGGCGUCCUGAAGAACAGAGACAGAGCAUAGAGCUACUUCACACAGGCUGCCAGGAUCGAUCCGGAAAUCUGUAAGGAGCUGCAAAUGGACGUCGUACAAGUAAAACCCCCUAGAAGAAAACAAAAGAGAGAAAGAAAAGCAGAAGAUGACAGCUGGCAGUGGACCUGGCCUGUUCCUCCAAUCCCACACAUCAACGGAUUAAAACACUAACAUAUGUAUGACGCUUCCUAGAU